GCACCAGCACUGCUCCUAUGAAACCGCCACCAAAAUGCGCGCGCGACGGUUCCAUUUCUGCCCGCCCCAUCUCGUUCCCGUUCCCAGACGGAGCGCGAGGCCGUAGGGAUCGCAUCCGCGGAGGUGUAUUUGGGGAUCUUGAUUAGGAUCAGCUUGGAUGCGGAUUGAUGCCUGAUAGAUUAUGCUAUAUGGGCUCUUGUCGUGGUUCUCUGAAUCUUGUCCAUCGUUCUGGUUUGCGAAUGCCUAGAAUUUCGAAGCCUGCCCAUUUGUAGAUUCAGACAUUUCAGAUUUCCUACCAAAGGCAACACAACGUUCUCUUCGAUUGAAAUCAUGUGUAAUUGCUUCAAGUGGUACCGUUCAGAUGCCCUUCACCAAAGUGGAUGCUUGCAAUUUAUGCAAGCAUGACUGGCACAAUAAAGGUCCACAAUGUCUCGCUUAAUGCAUCAGAGCAAGAUAUUAGCGAGUUCUUUUCGUUCUCUGGUGACAUAGUAUAUGUCGAACUGCAAAGUUGUGAUGAGCGGUCGCAGUUUGCCUACAUCACGUUCGGAGAUAAUCAAGGAGCAGAGAGGGCUAUGCUUCUUACGGGUGCGACUAUAGCAGAUAUGUCUGUCAUCAUCACACCAGCCACUGAUUACAAGCUGCCGGCAUCUGUUUUAGCUGAUUUAGAGUCAAAAAAUGCUGGUGGCAUGGAAUCCGCCCUUCGGAAGGCAGAGGAUAUUGUCGGUUCUAUGCUAGCCAAAGGAUUUGUUCUUGGCAUGGAUGCUGUUGAAAAAGCGAAGGCUUUUGAUGAAAAGCAUCAGCUCACAUCGACUGCAACUGCCAAGGUCGCUUCCCUUGACAAAACAAUGGGCCUAAGCCAGAAAUUCAACACCAGUACCAUAGUUGUGAAUGAGAAAAUGAAGGAAAUGGAUGAGAAAUACCAGGUUGCAGAGAAGACAAAGUCAGCAUUAGCUGCUGCUGAACAGACUGUCUCUACUGCCAGUUCUGCUAUCAUGAGCAACAGGUAUGUCCUUACAGGGGCAGCAUGGGUAACUGGUGCCUACAGCAAGGUUGCAACCACGGCAACUGAUGUUGGUGCGAAGGCAAAGGAAAGGAUGAUGGCCGAGCAGGAGGGAGAGCAUCGAGACCGUGAACUCGAAAGGACUCAUUUGCCUGAAAGCUCCGAAGCAGAUGGGCAAGAGUGCAAGCUUCAGGAAGUCUCUGCAAAUCUGGGAAGUUCUGAAACGACUCAGCAGGAGAGCAAGCACCAAGAGGGUGAAAGUCAAAUGAGUAACGUGCCAGGCAACACUGAAAUAGUUAAAGAUCAGCUGAAAAAUCAGGAGGGUGAAAUCGCAGUGGCCCAAGAAAACACUGAAAUAGUUGAGAAGGAGCCUAACCAACAUGAGACUGAACUAUGCAAGGCCAAUAUUCCAGACAGCCUUCUGAUGGCUGAACAAACUGAGCAGGAGCACAAGCAACCGAGUGGUGAGUUUGCCAAGACCCAUGUCCCUGGAAGCCCUGUCACUAUUCCAGUCACCACGACCACUAUUGAUGGGGAUUCUAGCAACAGUCCCAAGAAGCCUGAAUCUGCCCAGGGAUUUCUGUAAUACAUUACUGUAGAUACAGGAUAGAGUGACAAUGAUAGUUUCUUUCAGUUCUUGCUUUGAAUCUGCUAUCCUUCAGGCUUAAUUGUUUUCAGGCAAUGUUAGUUUUCCUUCAGCUCUUGAUUUUGGAUUUGCCAUCCUUUAGUGUUGUUUUUAGGCAAUGAUAGUUUCAUUCAGCUCUUAGCUGUUGAAUGUGUCAUCCUUCAAUGAUGUUUUCAGGCAUAAUGGAGGUGGUUAUUUUCUAGUAACAAUCAUUUGGUGUUUUUUUGGUCUAGUUUUUCGUGAAGUUGCAACUUGAGUUGUCUUCUACA